AUGAUAUUACCACUAAAAUUCACUAUUGUAUUCACAAUAUUUAUUCAAUUUAUAGCUGCAGCUUUAUUGAGUUUCUUAUUACUAGGAUGUAUUGACACAUCAUCAAAUUAUUCAAAUGUAUAUUUACUAAGUUAUAAAUUCAAUCAAUCAUCUCCAUUAUAUGAUUAUUUGUCAACAACAACAGUCAGUACCAAUUCAAGUUCAUCAACCAAUUCUACUGCUAUAGAUGAAUUAUUAUCGGUUAAAAUCGGAUAUAUGGGUGUAUGUUUAUCUUCUUCACAAAAAGAUAUUUCUUGUACCACAUAUACCCAAUUAGAUUCAUUUCCUAAAUUUUCUAUAUCCAUAUUAUCUGGUCAUCUUGAUUUAAUUCAAUUAGCUCAAUCUUUCAGUAGUAAUAUAUGUCAUCCAAGAAUUUUAUUAACCACGAUUAUUUUAACUUUAAUUAAUUUAUUAUUACUUUGUUAUUGUGUUAUACCAAUUGUUCCAGGGAAAUCCUUUAUGAAAAAAAUUAAUACAGGAUUAUCAUUUAUAUUACUUUUACUAUGGGGGUUAGGAUCAAUGUUACAACAUCAAGCAGUUAUUAGUUCAGUAGAAAUGAUGCACCAAUCUAGUUUCCAAUUAAUAAUAGGUUCCAAAGGUGGUCGAGCAGAAGCUAUGACUUGGACGGCUUUUAGUUUUAUUCUAAUUGUGUUUUUAAGUGCAUGUUUAUCAUUGUGGAUGGAGGUUAGAGGAAGAAUAGAUCAAAAGAGCCCAAAGACGCAUCCAAUAUUUGAUGCAAAAGUUUAG